AUGCUCAAGCCGAACUUAUGUACUGGCCCAGAGACCGCGGAGCUGACGUGGGAAGACAGCACGCUUGUUCACCUCGUUGAAGGUAGCGUCCACCAACGCUUCCUCCGUCUUCACCGCCGCUGCGGAAAAGCUGCCUCAGCGGCUGUCGACGAUGGCAUGGUUGCCCAUCGGUUUCCGCUAUUGGAUUUCGGGUUGUUGUACUUGCUUCUAGAAUUCGACGAAAUGCCGUGA